AGGGCGCUUCCGGGCAGGCGGGGCGCGGAAGCCAGCCCUCCUGCCGCUCCGUCCGAUACCGUGCGCUCCAGGCAGCGGGCCCGCGCGUGCGCCCGCUGCUGCGGCAGCGGGCUGCGCACGCCGGGGCCUCGCGGCCACACACUUUUGCUUCUCGCGCCGUGGCCUCCGCCGACUUCGCCGACGCCGUUGCGUGUGGCCGACUUCGGCGGCCGCCCCGCAGCGUGGCGGCUGGCGGCUCUGCGGCGGCCGCCUGCAGCAUGGCUGCGGCGGUGCGGGUCGCGUGCCUGGCCGCGUGCGCCUGCGCGGUCUCGGGCCUGGCCGUGGGCCAGGCCGGCGAGGCGGCGGCGCCACCGGGCGGCGCCGCGCCGGGCAGGGCGAGGUCGCAGGGGACGGGGCCGGACCAUUUCGCGCGCUGCCGGAACGGGCGCCCGUUCGAGGACAAGGAGAGCCUGGAGAUGUGCUGCGCGAGCGGGCGCAAGAGGCUGGGCAUGCUGGAGGUGGGCGCCGCGGCGGGGCCGCCGCCGGGCGCGUGGGGAGCCAGGAAGCGGGAGGAGCGCCGCCAGGUCCGGCAGGCGGCCCACAGGACCCUGACGGCGGAGGAGAGCCGGCAGCGCGUGACGUCCUGCAUCGAGGAGGGCGGCCACAUGGAGGAGCUCGUGAAGACGGUGGAGAAAGGUGCGACCCUUCCACUCGCCGUCACGGCCUGGCGUGCGUACCAAGACAAGCUUGCCAGGCAGCUCCUCGAGGACCAUCCGGGCGGGGCCCGCGAGACGCCCUACAGGAUUCUCGUCGCGAUCGCUGUGAAGGAUGCAGCGGAGAGCGUUGACAUUUUCAACUUCAAUUUGAGGAGGCUGAGGAGCAACAAGGCAGGAGACAAGUUCGAGUUCGCUCUGUUCCACCACGACGGCAGCAACGAGCAGUGGGCGCAGCAGGCGUGGUAUGGCAACAACGGAACGGUGGUCCUCAAGCACCUCGGCCGCGGAUGCAAGCCGGAGUUCUGGGAGACGAUCACGCCGGAGAUGGCUGCGGGCUACGACUACCUGUGGCUGCUCGACGAGGACCUGCAGAUGGACUUCCUGUCCUGGGACUUUUACAGGACCGUGCUCUCGACGCUCGAUCCAGUCGUGUCGCAGCCCGUGGUCAUCGGGAAGGAGCCAGGCAUGAGGGGCACGGACAUCUUGGACCUGCGCAUGCGGGGUGUCCUCGACGACGGCCGCUUCACGUUCGCCUACGAGACGGUGCGCACAGAUGUUCAGAUACCGGUCAUAUCCGCCAAGAUUUGGGCCGCCGUCCACGAGCGCAUCGCAGGCAACGACCGUACUAGCGCCUGGUACACGGACACCUUCUGGGACACCGUCGCGGAGUUGGGCAAGGCGGAGUGCCAGCGAACGGGGAUUCUGGCGGUCAACGCCGCCCCCCUGCGCCACUUCAACUGGCACAACCUCUUCAACGGCACGAAGUGCGCCAAGGGCUGCGGCGCCGCCGGCGAGAACUGCCGGCCCGUGAGCGGCACGGAGGCGCGGCUGGUGCGGCAGGCCUUGGGCGCUGCCGCGGCACAGGACGGGCGCACCGAGACCCCCUGCCAAAUCCCCGAGAACUGGACCGGCGCGUGCCAGGUGCAUGGGCAGUCGGGGUCGAUGCCGGACUGCUUGCAGGCGAUGUUGCAGAAGAGCAGCAGGCGGCAGUGGAACGCCGAGCUCUCAUUCGACUGAAGCCCUUGGAACUGCAUCCUCUCUCCUCCUGCUCCUUCCUCCUCCCUCCUCGACCUCCUCUUCUUUCUCUUCCUCCCCCUCCUCCUGAGGAUGUGCUGGGCUGAUGCCCGUAGCGCGCCCCUCCUGGCCGAGGCAGCGGUGCUGGCCCUGCUGAGCCCGACCGGGCACUGCUGAGCGGCAGCUCCGGCCAACGAGCGGCCCUGUGCGCCCUUCAGCCGUGGAGGGACACAGCAUCGACGCCAGCCCUGCUCGUCCCCGCGCGAUGAUGACACGAUGUCUGCAGCUGCGUUCGUGUGCUCUCGGGCGGCCUCCGCGUCUCCAUGGCUGUGGGAGCUCCUUGGAACGAGAGAGCGACAGAAAGA